UCGGCCCAACUUAGGGUCUUGGACGUCGCGUUUUCCUGAUGAACUUUACUCGUAUGUUAGUCGAAAUUCUCACCACAACUAGUCAUGUGCAUUCAGAAAUGUUUCGUCAAAAGUUGCACUUGUUUAAUUGUUGAUAUUCUAAAAGACUUUAUGGCCAAGUGUUUGGGAUACAACAGCACACACGAAGUAUGCAAUGUGUAUCUGUUGUCACAUGGCUGCAAUGUUUAACUAAAACCUGAAGUCACUUCAACAACCAAAUCAAUGUUGGUCCUGUCUCUGCAUUGUUUCAACAACAGACUUUUCAAAGCCAAAUGAACUUCAGGGUUGAGAUCGAAGGAUCUGGUGGCUGUAGAAAGCUUCCACUGAGUCACCGUAGGAUGGGACGCAACCUUCAUAACCGAAGCCGAACGAAAACAUGGAGCCAUCGAAAACAAAACAAAAGUGAUCCUAUCUUUGUGCCGACGGGUCUCAAGAGAAUGUGCCAUGGUGUCAGAUGUUAUCUGUGGAUGUGUGGUUUGUGGACGUACAUUGGAGUCCUCGCUGGAGUCAACGCCGGAUUCAGACCUGUUAUUGUUCAAGAGGAUGUCUUAGCAAGCAACGGUGCACAGAUGGCAGCUCUGGGACACCGUAGACAACAUCGUAAUGAUACAAGUAUUGAGGUUGUCUCAGAUUGAGAAGAAUAUUUUGGUGAUGGCAUACACCAAAGUUGAUGAUGUAUUCAGGACGGUUUUUGGACUGUGCAACACCAGCUGAAGGACUGUGUCAAGUAUAGCCAGAUGACUCUCCCGGCCCUACAAUUUCAACCGUUCAAGUGACAGAGCGAUGUAGAGUAAAACCAACACACAACUUGGCUAAGAUGGCAUCUUGAGGCAUUAAAGACUCUUUGGACUGACCACUAGCUAAAGA